AUGCCAGCGGCCCGGGGGCUGGCCACCCUCCCCUUUGAUAUCUUCUAUGAAAUUGCAACCUUGCUGGAUGACCGCGACUAUGUCAAUCUCAGCAGAACUAGCCGACACCUUCAUGAAACCAUGAAGAGUGACCUGCUGGCAAAAAAACCACUGGAGAGCGCCUUACUGUUCACCCGAGAGGGGCAGUCUGCCUUGACCGCUCAGACCGGCUAUCGCAGUGCGGUUGGGCAUCGCUUCGAUAUCCACGAGGCAGUCGCCACUGCGGCUCCUUAUUCGGCCUGUGCUCCAGCCUACGGUACAGGUUUUCUCUAUAACCAGGGGUUCCUUUGCUACCACGUCGGCCACGAGCUCCGUUUGCUCAACGUGCAUUCAGCGGGCCACCAAGAACGUGUCCUUGAUCUAUACGACAUUCUCCCCCGUUUACACGCUGGCCCUGCAGAUGGAGAUGCAUCCGGUCGGGUUGAGCUGCUGCACUUUGCAGAUGGAAUUGUCGUAUUUCGUGUCAUGGGUCUCGGGUCCCAGGACGACACUCUACUCGCGAUCGAUAUGACACAGCGUACGCAGAUGAAGCGAGGUCGGCGCUUGCUACUCCAGAGAGCUGUGCCGGCAUCGGCAUCUAUAUUCGUACGACAUAGCCGGUCCUAUCUUUGGUAUGGCGUCUUUACUGCAGUAGGGGGCUCUAAUGGAAUCUGGUCUAUCUUCGGCGUCGAUAUCACUUCAUCAUCCGAGCCAAUCCAUUUCUCUUUGGACUGGACUGCUGAUGGAGACCUCGGCCAGUCAUUAUGCUUUGAGAUUUAUAGGGAUAACCUUUAUGCAGUCUCAACUCUGCCUACUUCGGACAGUAAUGAGAGAUUUUCCUCCUCCUAUCAUGACGAAGAUGAGAGAUUCUCCUCCUUCUACUAUUGGUCAUGCCAUGCACCUCGCAACAGCCGCCGCAAAUGGAGUGGACGCCUGUGGCGUCGUGAGCACUGCGAGGGCCCUAUUAAUGAAAUGUGGACGGACCUUUCUAUCCGCACGGACGAGAGAACUGGUCGGCUGGUCAUCCUUGAAUGCCGCCGGGAAUGGCCGGAUGGGAAAAGUGAGAACCACCGCACCUACUAUACUCAGCAACUCCCUUGUCCAAGUACUGCUGAUGAAUAUGACGUUGAGGAUAUCACUCCGGCGACCGUGGAUAAAGACCUAGGCGACUCUACAGCAAGCCAUCGCCCGUACAACGAACGACCCUCCAAGCGGCUUCGCCGUCACUACCACCCCGAAUAUGAACCAAGUUAUGGCCAGGCGGAGCGCAAAGAAUUCAUUUCCGCACGCACAAAAUACCGCACGUAUCAUCUCUCAGCAUCGACCUUCGUCGAUCUGGUAAACGACCCAGUUCCCCCUACCGCAGGCGUACGGACCCAAGAUCGCCUGCGACUUCGAGCUGUCUCACGGAAGCGGAAAUGCCCGAUCGACGAAGAAGGUAUUGAUGGGCCAGCUGGCCUUCUCUUCAAACCUACACAGCAGAAUCUUGACGGGACCCCAGUCGAGCACUCCGAAGAGCGUUUCAUAUCUGGCGGCGCGCAUAUGUGGCCAGCCGAAGAUGCGCCUUCAGAAUUGACCCGGCUCUUGUGCCCCAGCAUGCGCAUUACCGGAGUCAAUGCUGUUGCAGACGAGCGGUCUCUCAUCUAUUCGAUACAAUGUCCUGGACUUCCCGAAGGCCAUAAGGUUCUGAUCUUGAUCAGUUUUGAUCCAAAAAUCCACUUCUCAACGAUGACCCCCUUGGGCGCCUCUAAGUCCCCUCUUCUGCCCAACCAGGUCUUCCCUGUCCAGGUGCCCCGGCCAACUUCGUCGGAUGGCUCGAUGAUACGAGAAUCUCAACCACUUUAUGAGGCUAUUCGCUGGGGUUAUUGGCUGCGAUGA